AGAUCCGCGAAUGGAUAGGAAAAAUCCAGUGGUGGCGGAUUCCCCGUUUUUCCCCCCAUUUCUCUGCUGGUGUGUGUCAAUAUGUCUGUUGCACAAGAAUUUUGAUUCCUCCUUUCUGUGUGUAUACAUGGGCACCUGAGAACUCGCAGCUCAAGGUAUGAGCCAGUUUGCCGGUGGCUUCGCCACGAUCAACCAGCCACUCUCCAUUCCCACCUGGAACACCAUUUCUCAAUUCAUAAGUAAUCAAUAAAUCCGUACCAAUCAAUAAUACUAAUUAUCUUGAGGAUUAUCAAGUACUCUAUUGGGAAACCUCAACCCCCAAUUCAUUAUACAAAUCAACAAACUGAAUUCUAUAGACGAGUCCUCACAGACGCCCGGUAAUUUCUGUUUGUCUCGCUCAUUUCUAUGAGUUUAUUGUGCACACGUGUUAAGUGAUACUAAAGUUUCGGCACAUUUGUGAAUUGAAAUUUGCGCAUUUGCGAAUUCAUUGAAAGGAUACAUUGGUGGCUGUGAUCUGACGCUUGUGACAUGAUAUUUUUUUUCAUUUUUUAUUAAUUCCGGAAUUGAAUUUUCGAUGCUGUGGAUGUGAGGACUUCACGUUAUUUGAGAUUACAUCGGUCAUUAAAGUAGGUGAAGAUGGAGCCAAAUCAAGUGGGUGCAUUGCCAGGUGCAUCAAUAGAGUUGAAAGCAAGAAGAGCACAAUUCCAGACACAGGCGUCCACCGUGGACACUAGGAGACGACAGGCGGUGUGUGUUAGAAGGGCGUUCAAAAAAUACGGGGGCAAGAACAACCCCAAUAUUAUUCUUGAUGGUCUCAACAUGACAGUGCCCAAGGGUGCUAUAUACGGUCUCCUGGGAGCGAGUGGCUGUGGAAAAACUACUCUCCUCUCCUGCAUCGUGGGAAGACGUCGUUUAAAUUCCGGAGAAAUAUGGGUUCUCGGUGGUAAACCCGGCUCCAAAGGCUCGGGUGUGCCUGGACCAAGAGUUGGUUAUAUGCCACAGGAGCUAGCACUCUACGGUGAAUUCACUAUUCGCGAGACAUUCAUCUAUUUCGGUUGGGUCGCUGGCAUGAGCACCGUGCAAGUUGACGAGAAACUGGAAUUUCUGCUUCAGCUUCUGGAGCUCCCCAAUGAGAAUCGCUUUGUGAAGAGUUUGUCUGGGGGUCAGCAGCGGAGAGUCUCCAUAGCGGCCACUUUACUCGCUGACCCGGAGCUCCUUAUUCUCGAUGAACCAACUGUUGGAGUUGAUCCUGUGCUACGACAGAAUAUCUGGGAUCAUCUCGUACAACUCACCAAAGAUGGAACUAAAACUAUCAUCAUCACCACCCACUACAUCGAUGAGACUAAACAAGCCACCAUGAUAGGUCUGAUGAGGGGUGGAAAGUUUCUGGCUGAGGAGUCGCCUCGUAAACUGAUGGAAAUGCACCGUCUAGACACCCUGGAGGAUGUUUUUCUGAAGCUGAGUAGAAAGCAGAACAUGGGACUGAGACGAAGAAGUAGUAUCCUGAGCAGCGUCACAGGUGUUCCCCCAGACAUUGACGUUGACGACGAAAUGAGCGGUGAAUUUGGAGACAACGUGAGCAUAUCAAGCCGACGGAGGAGCAUAGCACCACCAGUUCUCAACGAUAACGCCCCCGAAUUGCCCCCUGAGGAGGAGGGAAAGAGUAAUUUCGCUCCCCUCAAUCCCCAACACAUGAAGGCACUGAUCUGGAAGAAUUUCCUCUGGAUGUGGAGAAACGUCGGUGUCAUGCUUUUCAUCAUUGGUCUACCUGUCAUGCAAACUAUUCUGUUCUGCUUAUCGAUUGGCAAGGAUCCCGUUGGAUUAAAAAUGGCUAUUGUUAAUCAUGAGUUGAAUAACAGCCAUCAGCCCUGUAUUCCCUCGACUGGUUGUGAUGAGAGGAUGUACAGCUGUCGUUAUCUCAAGCAUUUGGCCACCAGAGAUGUCAAAUACGAUUAUUUUGAUACUGAAGAGGAGGCUCGUCAUGCUGUGGAGAAGGGACAUGCCUGGGCGGCUUUCUCCUUUCCCAGGAAUUAUACCGAUUCCAUUGUCGCCAGAAUAGCUGAGGGCAAGGAUGCCGAGUCCUGGACUGCAACGUAUGCUGACAUAUCCAUCGCUCUGGACAUGUCUAAUCAACAAAUUGCUCAACUCCUAAAACGUGAUAUCUAUAAAUCAUUUGAAAAAUUCGCCGCGGACAUCGCCGAAGGAUGCAACUACAGUCGCAGAGCAACAACAAUUCCCAUCUACUUCAAUCAACCAAUAUACGGACCAGAGGAGCCAAAUUUCACGAACUUUGCGGCUCCCGGUAUAAUUCUGACGAUUAUUUUCUUCUUAUCUGUCGCACUGACGUCUGGUGCAAUGCUGUUGGAACGUAACGAGGGUCUUCUGGAAAGAAGUUUGGUGUCCGGUAUCACUGGCACGGAAAUACUAUUCGGCCAAGUGGUCACUCAAUUUGUCGUGAUGAUAGGCCAGACUGUAAUGAUGCUCGUAUUUGUCUUCGCUAUUUUCAAAUUGACAAUUGAGGGAGAUAUUGCACUUGUCAGUGCACUGACGAUACUCUGCGGAUUAUGCGGAAUGUGCUUCGGUUUCGUGGUGGCCUGCAGUUGUGAGAACGAGCGGAGUGCCACGUACAUGGCGAUGGGCUCAUUUCUUCCAAUAGUUAUGCUAUGUGGAAUAAUCUGGCCAGUGCAGGGUAUGCACCCUGCCCUACGUGCCAUAAGUAUUGUCCUACCACUGACAAAAAGUACAGAGUCGAUACGAGCAAUGCUUGCCAGGGGUUGGGGUAUGAGUGAACCAGCAGUAUACGAAGGGUUUAUAUCGAUAUUCGUCUGGAUUCUCGUCUUUCAAACGAUCGCAAUACUUCUACUCAAAUUCAAAAAGGGAUAAUGAAGUUGCGUUACUGCUGUCGGAGGGAAUAAUCCAAAAUGCUCGGUACAGUUUUUGGUUGAGAGUAAUGAGAAUAUUCAACGGCAUACCUCGGGCUGUAUUCGUAUUGUAAUAAUAUCAGCCGCCACUGAAAGCUCGGUUUAAUUACAAUGCUGUGAAUACAAACGUUUGAAGAGCUAAAUUGAAUGCUCGUUCGACGCAUUAAUUAGGAGUCAUAUUUAUUUAUAGGUUUCUUCGUGUUUUACUAUUAUUUUUUCUCGUUGAUUCAUGAAUUUCACGUGGAGAGAAAUUUCUGAACUGCAGUCGUGAGAAAUUUCUAUUCCCUCUUUUCAGAAAAUUAUACUAUUCCUCAUUUUACAAUCUGGAAUGUGAAUAUUCGGGAGAUGAUAUUCUUUUUUGAAUCGAGAAAAGACUGUUAUUUCAAUCGACUGGGGGGUGGCAGAUUCGCUUUUUCUUUUUCGUGUUGAUUUCGUUUUUUGCAUGAUUAUACCGUGUGUUUAGACGGCGAGUAUUUGAAUUUUACUUUAUUUGUACAGAAUUACUGUAUUUUUAUCGUUAUUAUGGAGACGGAGGGAAGGACGUUGUUGUUGUUAUUUAGAAAUUAAUGUAGAAUAGGUCCAGUGUAAUUCUCUAUGUAUAGUAGACAAUAAAGUUAAGAAAAUUAAUAAAAUUAAUAAAAUUAAUAAAUUGCAA